AUUUUACUCAGACGUUAGCCGGCCACCGAGCGGACCGUCCGCCAUUUCAAAAAUAACCGCGAACGUACCGACAGAUUCUAAGUGUUGUUCCAAUAAUAGUUCCUCAUUUUUUUUGUGUUUGAGUGAGUUGACAAUGAUUUUGAAUGGGUGCAAAAAUCGUCCAAUUCAACUCGAAGAUUAGUUUAAUUCAAAACAAAUUCUUACAUAGGUAGCAGUUAACUAUUUAAAAAUUAAAAUUUUAAUUACUAUGCCGAGAACUAUUUAACCUGUAGGGUUAAAAGAAAAUGUGAUAUCCUAGAGUAAGGGUUGGGGCUUAGUUUGUGAAACAGUAGAGAAUCACAGAGAGAGUGGCUGAAGAAAAGCGAGAGAUGUCGCUAGUAGCACCGAGGCGAGUCCAGCUGGAUUGGGCUCAUUCGAUACCAUGGGAGCAGGAGCCGGGCUGCGAGAGGGAGCCGUCGUUCAAGAGUCCCGCGCCGCCGCCCUCCAAUCCAUCAGAUUCGUCGUCGUCUUCCGCCGACACCGCGUCCCAGGGCUCCUGCUCGGCGCCGGCGCCCGCGCCCCGCCCGCGAAAUGAACCCCAGAGGGAAGUGCGGCAGGCCGAAGCCGCCAGCGCCCGAAGAGUCCAGCCAAAUCCUUUAUUAAGAUCCCGGACUCUCCCCAACUUCGGGGGAAACAGGUCCCGCGAGGCGUCCCGGUGUGAUACCUCGCGGCGCGCGCAGCCCAUCACCAUGGCGACCGAGGACCUGCUGCAGCCCGGACAUGUGGUCAAGGAGAGAUGGAAGGUGGUAAAAAAGAUAGGCGGCGGCGGGUUCGGCGAAAUCUACGAGGGCCUGGACCUGGUCACCCAGGAGCAGGUGGCUCUGAAGGUGGAGUCCGCGCGCCAGCCCAAGCAGGUGCUCAAGAUGGAGGUGGCUGUUCUCAAGAAGUUGCAAGGCAAAGAGCACGUGUGUCGGUUCAUCGGCUGCGGCCGGAACGCGCGCUUCAACUACGUGGUGAUGCAGCUGCAGGGACGGAACCUGGCCGAGCUGCGGCGCGCGCAGCCGCGGGGCGCCUUCUCGCUGUCCACCACGCUCAGGUUGGGUCUACAAAUACUGAAAGCGAUAGACUCGAUACACUCGGUCGGAUUUCUACACAGAGACAUCAAACCUAGCAACUUCAGCAUCGGGCGGCACCCGUCCAACUGCCGGCGCGUGUACAUGCUGGACUUCGGGCUGGCGCGCCAGUACACCACCAGCAACGGGCAGGUGCGCCCGCCGCGCGCCGCUGCCGGCUUCCGCGGCACCGUGCGGUACGCGUCCAUCAACGCGCACAAGAACAAGGAGAUGGGGCGCCACGACGACCUGUGGUCGCUGUUCUACAUGCUGGUGGAGUUCGUCAACGGACAGCUGCCGUGGCGGAAGAUCAAGGACAAGGAGCAGGUGGGACUGAUGAAGGAGAAGUACGACCACCGGCUGCUGCUGAAGCACCUGCCGUCCGAGCUGCGCCAGUUCCUGGAGCACGUGCAGCAGCUGGAGUACGCCGACACACCCGACUACAGCAUGCUCGCGUCGCUGCUGGAGCGCUGCUGCAAGCGGCGCGGCAUCCGCGACACCGACCCCUACGACUGGGAGAAGGACGUGAGUACCGCCUACUGGACGCGUCCACUUACACACCUGCCGUCCGAGCUGCGCCAGUUCCUGGAGCACGUGCAGCAGCUGGAGUACGCCGACACGCCCGACUACAUCAUGCUCGCGUCGCUGCUGGAGCGCUGCUGCAAGCGGCGCGGCAUCCGCGACACCGACCCCUACGACUGGGAGAAGGACUUCCUGGAGCACGUGCAGCAGCUGGAGUACGCCGACACACCCGACUACAGCAUGCUCGCGUCGCUGCUGGAGCGCUGCUGCAAGCGCGCGUCCACUUACACACCUGCCGGCCGAGCUGCGCCAGUUCCUGGAGCACGUGCAGCAGCUGGAGUACGCCGACACGCCCGACUACAGCAUGCUCGCGUCGCUGCUGGAGCGCUGCUGCAAGCGGCGCGGCAUCCGCGACACCGACCCCUACGACUGAGAGAAGGACGUGAGUACCGCCUAGCGCGUCCACUUACACACCUGCCGGCCGAGCUGCGCCAGUUCCUGGAGCACGUGCAGCAGCUGGAGUACGCCGACACACCCGACUACAGCAUGCUCGCGUCGCUGCUGGAGCGCUGCUGCAAGCGGCGCGGCAUCCGCGACACCGACCCCUACGACUGGGAGAAGGACUCGGCGCCAGCUACGCGCGCGCGCGCGGCGCUGGCGGCCGGCACCGACCACCAGCCUUCGCCGGACCAUCAGCCUGACAAGACGCGCCGGCCGCGGCUGGAGACGGAGGCGACGACGGCGGUGGCGACGGACACGCAGAGCAACAUGCCGCGCGACAAGCUGCCCGACAAGCGCGCCGCGCCCGCCUCGCCGCGCCACGCGCCCGUGCCGGUGCAUCUCAAUGGAUACCAGUCAACUACAGACAAACCCACACCAGAAAAAGAAGCCGAAGUCAGAACAACGCCCGCGCCAUCUCCCGACAGACAUGCAAAGGAGGCUGUGAGCUCGGUGGCGCUGGGCGCGAGCCGGCCCGAGCGCCAGAGCGUGCCGCCGUGCAAGCCGCGCGCGCCCGCGCCCGCCGGCCCCACGCUGCUGCGCCUGCGCGUCGUCACCGCGCCGCCCACCUGCGUGCAGGAGCUGGCGCCCGCCACGCCCUCCGCCGCCGGCGAAGCCAGCAGUCCUCGUGUAGCGGCAGAUGUAGACAGUGUUCACUCCGAUACUCUCUUCAAGAGAGGCCCGCGCCGCACGCGCGCGCGCGCCGACCAGAGCUACACGCAGUUUGCGGUCAUGGACGACGAGAACGUGUCCGCACUGCAACAGGUGACGAAGGGCGGCGCGCUGACGCUGGUGUCGCUCUGGAAGUCGCAGUUCGACGACUCGGAGGAGACCACCGACAACGAGUGGAAGCAGGAGCAGUUGCAGUCCCCGGAGCAUCGCAACACGCGGGCGCUGACGUCGGGUAUGUCGAGCGGCUCAAACGCGCCGCGUACACAGUUGCCGCUUAUUCAACAUGCGCAUCAUUCGUCGCGCUCACCGCCAGCAUCCAUGCAAGUCGUCGCCGAGGUGAAGAAGGCAGAGAAGACUGAGAAGACGGAGGUGGCGGAGCGGGCGCCGCGCGGCACCAAGUGCUGCCUGCACAACGCGGGCAUCGACGCCUUCCCGCGCCUGCAGCCCGCGCUGCCGCGCUGCUGGACGCUGCCCGCCAUCGGUGAGAGCGUCUCGGACAUAGGGCUCACCGAGUGCUGCCUGCACGACGCGGGCAUCGACGCCUUCCCGCGCCUGCAGCCCGCGCUGCCGCGCUGCUGGACGCUGCCCGCCAUCGGUGAGAGCGUCUCGGACAUAGGGCUCACCGAGUGCUGCCUGCACGACGCGGGCAUCGACGCCUUCCCGCGCCUGCAGCCCGCGCUGCCGCGCUGCUGGACGCUGCCCGCCAUCGGUGAGAGCGUCUCGGACAUAGGGCUCACCGAGUGCUGCCUGCACGACGCGGGCAUCGACGCCUUCCCGCGCCUGCAGCCCGCGCUGCCGCGCUGCUGGACGCUGCCCGCCAUCGGUGAGAGCGUCUCGGACAUAGGGCUCACCGAGUGCUGCCUGCACGACGCGGGCAUCGACGCCUUCCCGCGCCUGCAGCCCGCGCUGCCGCGCUGCUGGACGCUGCCCGCCAUCGGCAGCCGAGUGCGCGAGCUGCGGCCGCCGCUGCUGCAGCAGGCGUCGUUCGACGACGGCGCGGGCGGCGCGCUACGCUACCGGCUCGACGUGAUGCGCGGCGUGGCGGCGCGCGCGCACGGGCCCUCGCCGCCGCCGCGCGCGCGCGCACACAGCGCGCCGAGCAUAUCGCGGUCCGCGAGCGGGUCGCCGCCGCCCGCGCGCAAGGCGCCGGCCGAGAGCACGGUGUCCAGCCGCCUCGAGAUCCGCGUGCGCCCGCCCGACAGCGCCUCGCCCAUGCACUCGGUGAAAAUCCACUCGGUGGUGAGCGGCGGCGGCGCGCCCCCCGGCGAGCUGCGCCUCAACCCCGAGGAAGCGUCCGUAUACUACGACGCCACCGAGCAUCAGAGGGACAAACGGUCGUCCACGCGGAGCGGUGAGAAGAGUCAGAGCCCAGCCGUGGAGCGAACCCGCUUGGAUGCGAUACAAGACAGAAGUACUUCCUCCGUGAUCAGGCGAGAGGGCGGCGGCGGCGGCGGCGGCGACGGCUCGCAGAGUUUGAGAGAUCGUUCGUCGGGCAGCGGGUCGCGCAUCCCCGUGGCGACGGCGGGCUCGGGCGUCGCCACGCCGGCCGAGCACCGCCUCGCCAAGUGCGCCUCGUGGAGCGGCGACGGGCCGCUCUCGCACGACCCCGCCGACCUCACGCCGGCGCUCCGGCGGCGGCGCCAGAACGCGGGCGACAAGUACGCGCUGGACCCCGCGCGCGAGCUCAACCUGCGGUUCGCGCGGCCGCGCCAGCGCCCCGCGCCGCACGCCGCGCGCUGCCGCAGCGCCGGCGUGGCCUCCUCCCCGCCGCCCGCCUCCUCCUCCUCGUCGGGCUCCCCGCCGCCCGCGCCGCCGCCCGCCGCGCCGCCCGCGCACAACGCCGCGCGCGCGCGCCGCUUCCGCCCGCUGGCGCCGCCCGACGACCUGCCCGCGCCCGUCUACAGCGCCGUGGGUACAGGGCACCGGCUGUGACGUCACCACAAGUAACCCUCGACAGGCCAAUGUAGGUGACUGCGCUUACAGUGUUACAGGGUGUGUGAUACUCCCGGACAGACGGACAAUGUGUUCGACGACAGAAGAUGAAUACCUAACGUUUACCCAAUAAUUGGUUAUUUUUUAUAGGAUCCCAUUCAUUGGUUAAAAUUGUGAUUGGAUUCAAUUAAUUGGUUAAUCUUGUUUAGAUCCCAUUAAUGGGUUAAUUUCGAUUAGAUCCUUUAAGUUAUUAUUACUCAUCAUUGAAUAACUAGUCCGGACUUCCAUCGUCGUCAUGGAAUUCUAUUUUUAUGGAUAUUUUAUCCCCCACGUAGUGUAAAGUUCAUGCAAAAAAAUUGUAAAUACAAUUCAUUGAAUGAUAUUCAAUUAUUUUAAAAGGAAAUUUAAUUUAAAAGUCAUUCAUAUCUCAGGAAUUGUAAAAAAGGUAUGGAAAAAUACCCUGAAUUUACAUUUUAUUUAUAAAAUAUUUUGCAAUGUCAAGUGUCAUUAUUUAACCAAUUAAUGGGAUUCAUAGUUACUCGUAAUACAGUGGUUAACUAAUACUGAAUCUCGGAAGGUGAUACAAAACUAAUGAAUACAUGACAAAAUAUUUAACCUAUUUCUAAUCUUUUUGUGAGAAAUUAAUAAUAAAUAUAGUUCCAAACACACACACACACAAAAUAUCAUCACAAUAAAAAAUAUGUAUUUUACAAAAAAAUUACCGCGUAAGUGGUUAAAUAAAAAAAAAUAUAAAAUUGAUGCAAAAAAUAUAGUUUACAUCGAACUUAUAUCAAAUUAGAGAUCGUCUGAAUUUCUUCUGAUAUAAUUGAAUUACAAACGAAAUCGCUUCAUACUUAAGUAUAAAUUAUUUUGAAAAACAACCAAUUUUUAUUGGGUUUUUCACAAAGUUAUCAACCAUGGUCCUUAACAUAAAUAUAACCAUAACAUCCAAACAGUUACAACAAAAUUUUACUUUUAGUUAAUAUUUAAUUGACAAGUUUGAAACAUUUUGCUUGUUUUAAUCCACCUUUCUAGUAUUGAGAACAAAUAAUAAUAAUUAAUCGUUCUAAAACUCACGUCUCCUGUUCCUUGUAGAAAAGGAUGAUGGAAUCAUUACAGUAUCAGUUUAGGCGAUUUCUACUUUCUUUUUAGUUAAAAGCAUUUAAGACUAAUUAUAAUAGUUCCACUUGUGUUAAUUAAAAAUAUCAGCAUCACUUGGCAGUGGUGUUCACAAGAAUUUUGAUAUCAGUCUCGAGGUAGGCAAAGUAUUAGUACAGUGCGACACAAAAGAAGAAAAAAAGAGCCAAAAGAGAAAGAGAAAAUCAGAGCCAAGUCGGUGCCAAGCCCGUGUGGUGUUGAUUUUAGUCGUAACUGAAAAAAAAAACACAUGAAAGAAAAAUAAUGAGAAACAAAAAUCUUUAUGAUAUACCGCCUUGAAAUAAUAGAUCACUGGCUUGGCACCUCUUUCGAAGUGAUCAGUAGGUAGAAAAUAUUAUAAUGUUAUUGUUUUCCCUUUUCAGUUUCGUGGGUACGUUAAUUUUUUUGGAGCAAUUUGUAUUUUUUUUUAACAAUUUUACGUCGCACUAUAUUUAAUGUAUGUUUGGAAUGACACACCUCUGCCAUUUUGAACAUUCGGUUGUUCGCAAUGCAUAACUGCCAGUUCUUUAAAUAUAUUGCUAUUCCUCUCGCAUAAUUCCAUGUAGAAAAGGAUAGCAUUAUAUAUUUGUGGACAAUAAAACAAAAGUUAACUCAAGUGGAAACCACAGGUCGAUUUGGACAAAAAUUAAAUACAUAGUCAUCAGAAGCCAAUAAAAUAGGUUAUAAUAGUUAUUUUUGUAAAAUAAUUCUAUGUAUAAAAUAUCUCUUCAUAUAUUUUUGGCUUGCUACAUUUCUAGUAUAAUGGGACAUGAACGAACGUAGGCUAUUUAAGACCUUAUAGUGUAGUGAUAAGGACGUUAAUAGCGUAAUUCAAGUAUAUAAUAUAGACAUGGAUAUUGUGAAAUACUGGAAGUGACAUGUUUACGGUAAUAUUUUUUUUCAAGCGAUUUAAGUCAAUAAUAUAAAUGAUCUAUAUUUUUAUCUUCAAUUAUUCGCAAAGUAUAUUUUAUUAAAAUUUAAAAUAAAAUUUAGUGUAUUUGAUGUAUAAAAUUUGUAAUAAAAAGCGAAUCAUAAAUCACAUAUUAUAAUAAUUAUAAUGACCACCAAAUAUAUAUAGCUACUCGUAAAUCCAUACUAUACGUGAACAUUGCACCACUUUAGGCUUAACUUACUAAUUUAGUAAGAAAAUAAAUAAAAUUUAACUGCCUUAUUAUUACAUACAUUCGAAAAUUUAAGAAAAUUAUAAAUCAUAAUCUCUAAAAUAAGCUAAAAAUAAUGACAAAAUUCAGUUAAUUUUACAUAAAAUAAAAAGAAAUAUAUGUGUAUGUUGUAAAAAAAAUGUUCGUAACAUAAGACACAGUGAAUAUGAAUAAUAUCAACAUAAUACAAUGAUCCACUCCACCGGGUUUCGGAUAUUUAAGAAAGUUGUCGGGCGCACAACAACAAACCUAUAUGUUUAAACUGUUUGCUCAAUAGCAAAAUAUACGUUUUUUUAUUCACAAAUCUCACUGCAAUUCAUAACAAUUUUAAAAUUAAUAGUAAAUUUUUAGAAUUUCAAAUUCAAAUGUUUUUUCUCCAAUUCGAAAUUGUUUUGGAACUAUAUUGGAAGAAGUCAUACCGCAUCUAGUAUUUCCAUAUAUCCUCGGCAUAUUGUGGGCUUUAACUCUAUGUGGUUAAGGUACUAGUACACAUGAUACUUUUAACAUCAUCCAUUUAUUACGCAAUCAAUCCUAGUAAGAAUUACGCAAUUUGACAAAGCAGUCAAAGAGUGAUUCGUUUUGUAAAAUCCGGGACACAUUCUGGUCAUGCUUCUAAGUUGACUCUAUUCUUGCUAGAGUGUUUUACAGAUAGCUAUUGAAAUGCCUUUAGAUGUUAUCUAUUGUUAUUUCCUCAUUGUUCAUACUAUCUCCUUUUAUUCUACAAAAUUCUAUAUUUGCGGAGCAAAACGGUAAUUUUUAUCUAACUCGAAAAAGCGACUUCAUCGCAACUACAAUUUGUUUAUUUGAAGAUUAACUAAAUUUUCGAUCACCGAUGCUAAAAGUAUCACGUGUUUCAUUUAAAUGUUGUUAAAACGUUUCGAUCUCUUUAGAUAGGACUCGCCUUGUAAGCUGAACAGCUAAUAAUAAUUUUGGGCUAAAUUGUUCGAACCUCUAAAACAAGGGGUCUUUGGCUUGUGUUGAAUGUAUCAGCGGGACGAUGUCACUGACGCAGUUACUAUUUGUCUAUUUAUCAAUUCGCAUUAACUAUUAUAGUAUAUGGCUUUCAACAACCAUACCUAUUUGACAGAGCUUGUCCGAUAUUGUCUUAGUUUAAAAGGUUUGGUUGCUAAAAAAAUUACAGGUGAAGUUGACAAAAGUAUACCUCAGAUUGAAACAGGGCAACUUCUUUGCCUUGCGAGCUAAAGUUCAUUUGCAAGCAGUGAUUAAUAUCAGCAUAAGAUAAAUAUGAACCUGAUGCAUUAGAUUAGACUCAAUAGAUCUAUAAUAUUAUAUAUAUUAUUUAAAAAAAAUAUAUAUAUAUAUUAUUUUUUUGAAGUUAAAUGAUAAAAUAGUUACUGCCAAAGUGUAACUCAAAAAUCUGAUAAUUUAGCUCAAGUUCAAUGAAAAUAUCGUUAAUUUAUAAGGUAAAUAAGCCUCUCGAAAUGUUUUUGGGCCUCUGGGUCAUAAAUUUAGGGACGAAUAGGGUUUUCACCGUGACAUAUUCCUUCUCUCUUGCCUUGUCUUAUUAUCUAAAUUGUGUAAAACUCGAACUGUGUAAAACUUUAUUUUCAGUAACUUAUUUUAGUUAUUGUACAUAAGGUUACGCGCGAGAUCUAGUUAUGGUAAGAGUAUUGGAAUGAAAUGGGGGGAAAGUUUUUGUAAAUACAGGGAAAUACGAAUUGGUUAAAGAAAAAUUAUAGUGUUUAUUUAUAGUUUAAAGCACACUGUUUAUUUCUUCUUUAAAAUGCUUUGUAACCCAGUUCAAUAUUCUUAGAUUUAGAUGGUUUAUAAUAUUUCAAGGUUUAAUUAGCAUUCAUUUUCAAUAAAUUAUCUGUAAUCUAUCAAUGAGAUGAUUGUAAUACUCUAUGGUUAAACGUUACUAAUCGACAUAUCGAUGCUUAUUACAGAUUAUUUUAUUGCUACUGUGUAAAUGUGAUUUCAGACCAGUGAGACCGGCAAUACGAGGUGUAUAACUCGUGCGCAUUAACUUGACACCUGGUUACCAAACAAACACAGUACAAACAUACUUCAAGCCAGGUGUCAAAUUGAUCCACACGAGCUGUAGAUUAGCCUUACGAUUUUGAUGAUUCCAAUUAUCGCAGUCUCUUCCAUCCAUACUCACUAGCUUCAAAACAUAAUAAUUUAUUUAAUUAUAUUAAUUGUCUUUUCUCGUCAUAUAAAUUACACAAGGUUUAGGAAGAUUUAAACUAUUACCCUUUUUCUCAAUAUAUUCUAGACUAUCUCUCACCAUCUCUUGACAUCUCUUUACAAAAACUGACAUGGUUUUUUUGAUAUUUUGUGAUUAUUGUUGGUGCGCUUUUUGAACUUUGUGGUGCCUUUAUGGGUUAGGACCGCAUUUGGUCUGACGUCAUGUUCACAAACGUCAUUUUAAGCUCUCACGGUGCUUCCUAUUACAUACCGUUGGUUCCACCAAUCAGAAACAAGACGUUUUACGUCAUAUUCGAAUUUUUUUAGUUAUAUAAACAUUUUAAGAGAACAUUAAACAUUAAUAUUUAACUGGCGCGUUGUGUUUGUGUACUAUCCGUGAAUGGAAAAUUUUUGUUUUGUGCUACUAAACAAAUGAAGCGCAUGAUUGUACUGCAUAGAUAAAAACAUUUUACAUAUAGGAUUGCAUACUGGAAUCAUGUCAAUGUUGCCUUCUAAAUCUCAAUUUUCUUUUGUUUUUAACGUUUAAUCUUUAAAAUGUCAUAUCAAUUUUGGCAAACAUUUGUAUACUUUUGUACAAGCGCCUAAGACCGUGCAAAAAAUACAUAGGUACUUGUUCAUUUUGUAAAACAAAUCAUAAUUAUUUAUAAUUACAUAUUAUUUUUAUUUCAGUCGCUUUCCCAAACGAUUGUACCUUUGGUACAUUAAUUGUAAAUAACUUAUAAUGCAAAUGAAACAAAUGUAGAGGGUACAUUGGGUACCUACGUGAAAAUAAAAUAUUUAUUUUACAAAAUAUUACUGCUAAACUUUCUCUUUUUAAGAAAUAAAAUUUAGCCUUUUUCUGGAGUGAGAUGAAACGCUAAUAUUGACACACAAAAUAUCUGUUCAAAAUUGUAAAAAAAAAUUGUUGAUACAAGUUUUGAAACGUUUAAUAAUGAUAAUAAUAAUUAUACAUAUGUAUAUCGAAUAUGCUAUAUGCGUUAUGUAUGAAAUGUAAGAGGUGAUAAAGUUAUGAUACAAGCAAAGUAUUCUGUGAAUUGAUAUGAGUUAUUGAGUCGAUACUAACUGAUUAACAUAUCAAUGCUCAGUUUAAAAUAUUAGUAAUUUGUAGCUAUACUUAUCAACUGGGGACUAGUUUAAAAUCAGGUCUGUGUUAUAAAACGGAACAGGUAGUUCACAGUUAAUACUUUGCUCGUGACAUGGCCUAUUACAUUAAAACAAAAUUGACAUAUCCAAGUGACAAAACCAUUGCUUAUAACUCGUGCGCGUUAACUUGACACCUGGCUAACAUAGCUAGGUGUCAAAUUAAUCCGCACGAGCUGUAGGUAUUGUUGAAUGACAUCAUACACAAUAUAAUAAAAUAAAACUAUUAUUAUUGUUUAUAAAAUUACACAAAAACAACUUUCAAGUAUAGUUUAUGAGGCUUUGGGCUGAUUAUGAAACAUUUAACCUGUUAUUUUUUUAUUCGGUUUUCUGCCAAAAUCAUCUUUAAAACAUUUCGAUAUGUCAAUUUUUUUUGUGUUUUUGAAUUUGUAACAAGGUGGAUCAAUGAGUGUUGUAAAGAACUGACUUGUAAUUGUACAUUAUAUGCUUAAGUCUGUCUCGAAACAUGACAAGCUAGCUCGUCUUAGUGUCGCACGGCUCACGACUUUACAAGUGUCUUUAUAAUAUUAUGGGUAUGUUUCUGCCUUGGAGCACAAUGACCUCGAAUGUUAAUUUUCAAUCUAAAAUAAAUCACUUCCCAUAACAUUAAGUCACUGUAUCCAAACACAUUUACCUAACACGUCAGUGCACCCGUCGACGGAGCAGUAAUUAGACAGAUUUCAUUCAUCGCUUUCCCUCACAAGAAAUCAAUUAAUAUUUAGAUUUUAUUUGGACUAAAAAAAACGAGUUAUGGCGAAUCGAUAUUUGCUGUAAUUAUGCGUAGGUACUGUUUAUUUUAAGGUAUGGUUGAAACACAACGGUGGUUGUAUGAGUGCUACUUCCAUUUCAUCUAUCUAUUUACUUCUUUGUCUACGGUGUAUCCGUAAUAUUGGAUGACGUUCAUGUGCACAAUCAAACUUGACAAUGACAGACCGUACUUAAAGGUUGUAACACUGCAUUUUGAAAAGUAGAUUGCGUUUUUGUAAUCUACUUUUCGUAUGAUGUCAUAGUUAUAUUCAAUGUAUCUAUAGUACGCGCGUUAACAACUGAGUCUUAGGGCCAUAAAUCAUUUCUCUAUAUCUAUCUCGCUUGCACUUAUGGGUCUUAUGGAGCCGUCUAGUGAAGGGUGUAACAAUGAAAGACAUAUUAUCGAUAAGUAAAGUUUAUUAUCGUAUCUUGUUCACAAAAUUAAAAAAAUUAACAAUAUUUGAUUUAAUAUAAUACAUAUUUCAUAUUAUAUAAUUAUUAACUAAAUAAAAUUAAUCUUCAUCUGAGUCUUCAUCAUCAGAAUCUUCGUCUUCUGCCAAAUUUAUUAUAAGCGGCGCGUGAUCUCUAAUUAGAGCUUUUUGUAAAUCUUUGUUUUGAAGUUCUUCGGCAUGCCUAACACAUUUGGCCCAGUCUUCUCGUGUGACAUUUUCUAUGGCUCGGUGGAGGUGAUUUUCGACAUCUGCUAUCUUGAAGGUAUUAUUAUUCUUCGCAACUUCUCCCUUUACUUGUGCCCAAAUUAAUUCUAUUGGGUUAUAUUGACAGUGAUAUGGAGGGAGCCUUAUUACUUCAUGACCUCGUUCAUUUGCCAGAUGGUCUAAAGCGUAGACCUUCUGCGGGUUACUGGCUUUUACUUUUCUUAUUAAUUCUUCAAUAAUUUCGUUGCUGGAAUAUGGAAUCUUUUUCUUUGUCAACCAUUCUUGAAUUUCAGCUUUCCUCGUGUUUCUUGUGGGUAUCUUUUCCAACUGUAUCGAAUGAUAGCUUGCGUUAUCGACAAUUAUAACUGAGGGCUCUUCAAGUAGAUUCAGGAAUUCGGAAAACCAUGCCAUAUAUGUUUCGCCAUCCAUUUCUGUGUGGUAAUCAGCAUCCUUUGAUUUCACCGCUUUAAAUAUUAGCUUCGCAUCUGGAACGAAGCCAGUCCUUGCAGAACCCGCAUGGCAAACUAUUAAUCUUUGGCCUUUUCCCACAGGCUGAUUCUUGAAACCUCCUUCAUCGUUGCUUCCAAGCCACAUCCUCUUUCUUGCAUGGUUUUGAUUAAUCCAUGUUUCGUCUAGAUAGAAACGUGGUCGCUGAUCGUUAGUUCUUCUAAGUAAAUCCAAUUUCCUUAAAAAGUCCAUUCUAGCACAAACAAUAUCAGUUCUUUCCAUUAAAUAUUUACGUCCUUCGCUAUUUUUCUUAUACUGGAACCCAACCUCCUUCAGUAGUAUUCUCAUUGAAGUGUUGCCGCAUUUAAAAUCGGGUAAUUGUUCACGGAAUUUUUCUAAAAUUUUCGCCACGGAUGGAUACUCUCCAUUCUCAUAAAAUGAAGCUACAGUUCGCUUCAACACACUUUUAUCAAAAUCGUCAAUAUUAGUGACGGUUUGUGGUUUCUUAAAAUUUGUUCUUGGUAUACAGGUACUGCCUGAUUGUGAUACUUCCGUCUUGAUUCGGUCCACUGUCGCUCUGCUCACACCACAAACAAAUGCGGCCAUUUCACGUGGUUUGUUGAAAUUUAGAGAAGCCACUUUAUUCGGAUCACUUUUCAAUUCAUUGAGAAACAGGAAUACGUUGUGAAUCAGUGUUCGAGCUUGAGGGCUAAUAUCGCCAUGUAAUUUCUUCAGAUCAACGUUAGAAAAUAAAGUAUCCAUAGUGCGCAACGAGUAACACAUGAAUGUAUUUAUUUAAUUGCAGUAAACACAUUACUGCAAUUAAAAAAAAUACGCAAUGCAAUUACAUUAGAAACCGACCAAUCAGAAUCGUCCAAAUCAUUAUUGACUCAUCAUUAGCACGUGCGCAGGUAGCCGUUUAUCGAUAAUUAGGGUGCGCAGGUAGGCGCGCUGCACAUUCCUAUCUUUUUUGACUUUUAUGACCGGACGACUCAGAUGAUAACGCGCAUACUAUAGAAUUAACCAAAAAUUCUACCCACAUAUUUAUUAAUCACAUUGGUGCUAAACGUCGUUGGCACUAUUGACAGAAAUGUUAUGCCUGCGUAUAAUUUUUAAUCUCAAAGUUAUUUUCAAUGCAACACUAUAAUAUUAUAGAGACACUUAUAAAAAAUGUAUAAAUCUAAAACUAUCGAUAUUUAUAUAUACGUUAUGUAGACGCCAUUAAAUUCUAGUCUGCUGCUUAGUAUAGAUAAAAAAAUUGUAAUAUGUAAUUUAAUAUUAAUUAAUUACAAUGCCUAGAUCUAAGAGUUACGAUAUUAAUAUUACAAGAGCGUUUGAGCGGUUGUUGCGUUGUCGGCCAUUUGCAAUUUUACAGAUGUCAAUGUGACAGCUGUCAGAAUUGCAAAGCGCGGGAAAUGUCAAGCUGAUUUUCAUUGCUUGGGAAAUCCCCGUGUGCGGCUGUCUAUGGCUUCGUUGAAUUUGACAUUGACAAUUGACAAACUAGUUUUUUUUACACGGCUAAAGAGAGCCACGCACGGCUUUUCGAAACACAUUCUAGUCUACAAAACAGCUUCCGUCUCAUAGAUUUAUCGACGAAAAGUUGAGACAAUUUAUUUUUGUCAGAAAAGAAAUAAAAUUAUGUAUAAAGUUGUUGUUACUUAUAUUAUAAUUUGUAGAACCUUUUUUAUUGUAAUUUGAAAUUCGUGGCGCAGAUGCUGUAAGGUGCGGCGUUGCGCAUUUUUUUUUAUAAUUUGAAACGAAUGCACGCUCAGUUACAUUUUAUUUUGCCAUAUUUUUUAUAUUUAUCGAAAUAUGCACAAUAAAAUUUAAAUAAAAGGUAUUUGCCCUUG